AUGGUGGAUAAAACUGCGAAAAAUGUGAGUUUGGGUUACUUUUCACUCGAAAAGUGUGAAAUACCGGUCAGAAAUCGGCAAAAACAAAGACUGAGACGUCGACAGAAACGACGGGAAAAAAGAAAGAGUUGGACGUGUACCUGAUCAUUGAGCGACUUUUGAAUCCCGCGAACUGUAGCACCGAUCGGAAGCCGGUAAAACCAGUGGGAACCGCCCGCGAAACCGUUAACUUCAGACGAACAUCAGUUCGGAAGAGGUGUGGCAGUUGUGCAGCGCCAUGACGGACGUGUUCAAAUCGGAGGACAACGUGGUGGAGGUGGGCGGCGCGACGAAUGUGAUCGGAGACCUGCACGGACAUCUGACGGACCUCGUACGGGCGCUCAUGGCCAGAACGGCCGACGAAAUGAGGGAGGAUCGGAAGGACGUGGACAGGGGAAAGCGGAGGAGACAGCCGUUCGCCUCGCAGAGGUAACAUAAACAUUGUGGUCGUUUAGAAGGCAAUUUCGAUGCUUUUAGUGGAAGUUCAAAAAUGUCAUUUAUUCAAACCAAUGGAUCUCAGUUGUGGGCAGAGAUAGCAAAGAGUUGUCAACUGAGAAAAUGUACAGAAUUUAUUGAUGAACAUUUAAUCAGUUGACAACUUUUUGAUAUCUAAAAUAGCCGCUGAGAUGUAUUACUUUGAAUGGACAAUAUAGGGAACACAUUUAUGUUUCAAGAAGCCAUUAGAAAAGAGAAAUAGUUAAAACAGAAAAUUUGCGAAAAAAAACGUGUCAGGUACGUGUUUCUGGGCGACUAUCUGCACAACGAACGCCGUCCGCUCGAGGUGAUCUGUCUCCUUUUCGCCCUCAAAGUUGUUCGAGUCUCCCCGAUAUUGUCCAAUUGGAAAUACUUUCAGUUGGCGAAACCGAACAGCUACAUUCUGUUGCGCGGAUCCACUGAAUGCCCAUCAAACAAUCUGACAUUCUUUGUGAGUCCGUCUCAAAAAAGCCCUGUCACUUUGUGCUCAUUCCACUAAUUUUUCGUCUGGUUUUUUUGUUUCGUCGCUUUCUCAUCGCCCUACUGUUCAGAAACUGAACCAUAACUCAAGAAUGACGGGUUUUGGAAUAAAAUGAUCAACUAAAAAGUUGUAGAGCACAAAAUUUGCAACAACUUUUCUGUUAACCACUUUUUGAAAAAAUCAUUGAAUCUCGUGAUAUGAGUGUCCAAAGAUGAGUGAUUUUUAGAGGCCCCAGACGAUGCCCAAAUGCUUUUCAAAGAUUUCAGCACCAACUGGAAAUGUACUACAAGGCGGAGGGAAACGCGGAAAAACUGUGGCGCAAGUUCAACGAAACGUUCUCGUGGAUGCCGCUCAUCGCGAUUGUCGGCACGCGAAUUUUGUGCGUGCACGGGGGAAUUUCGCCGCAUUUCAAGACGUUCGAUGACGUCAGAAUGGUACGGUAGGGGUACUGUAGGUGUACGGUAGGAAUGAGGAGAGUACUGUAGGGGUACUGUAGGCUAAAAGAGACAUCAAACUACAGUAACCCUUUUCCUUUCCAGAUCAAACGUCCUCUCAUGAACCCGCUCGACGAUCCGCUGGCCACCGAUCUCAUUUGGUCGGACACUUUGGACUAUGAUUUCAUCCACGUGCCCUCCAGGUUACUGUACUUUUGGACUACUGUAGAAAGUACAGUAUGCCUUACAGUAAGCCCAAGUACGAAAUGAACGAUUUGCGCCACGUGUCGGUGUUCUACAACGAGGCGGCCGUCAAAGAAUUCUGCAAUCGAUUGGGCCUUAAAAUGAUCAUUCGAAGCCAUUUGGUAAGGGAUUACUGUAGGCCGGGAGGGGCUACUGUAGAACUGCAAUUUCAGAUGGUGCCUUUCGGGUUUCGAUUCUUUGCCGACAAAAUGUUGGUGACAAUAUUCACGGCCAGCAAUUAUAGGCACAAACAGAACAAUGGAGCAAUGAUAAAAAUUUCGGCGAAGGGCAAAAUCUCGAUAGUGAGUCUGAUAAGUCUGCCGGCGCACAACGACGAUUUCGAGGAGAACGCGCAGCCGAUGGAGGACACGGGCGGCGAGAAAUAG